CCCGCGGCCCACCGAAUCCAAACAGAACUGUGCGCGCCGACACCGCACGUGCCGCCGCACCAGGCCACGCACAAUGGCGCGCCCGUGAGACCGGCGCGGUGGCCACGCGCGGCCACCUUUUUCAGAGGAACCGCGCGGGUUUGCGGUUGAGAAACGGCCCCCAGCGCCGGCCCCCGGCCCCGGCGGCCCCGGCAGGAUGAGCUAGGGAGGGGAGGGUGCAGCGCCGGCACAGACAGCCCGCGGCGCCAGAAAAACCUCCCGGCUCGCGCUCCGGCGGCCGGUGAAGGGGCUGCAACGGUGCGCGGCCGGCGGAGCGGCCGGCCUGCCGCGCGGUGGGCGCCGGCCGGCCGCCGUCAGUCCAUCGCUGGAGGUCGGCGGCAGCAGCAGCGCCCGUCUCGCUCUCUCUCUCUGUCUCCGCUCGGCAGCGCGCUCUCGACACCAUGAGGACCGGCGUAGUGAUGGCGCUGCUGGGCUGCUGGGCCGCCGCCGCGGCCACGCCAGAGCUGCGCGCGCUCGAGACUCUGGCUAGCGCUAGUCUCCAGGCCACUCACAGCCGAGUGAGGAGGAACCUCAACGAGUUGGGCGCCGCCGGUCACCACGGCCAUCACGGAGCUCACGGAGACCAUGGGGACCAUGGGGACCAUGGAGCUCACGGAGACCACGGAGCUCACGGAGACCACGGAGACCACGGAGACCACGGAGACCACGGAGCUCACGGAGACCACGGCCAUCACGGGGACCACGGAGACCACGGAGACCACGGAGACCACGGAGACCAUGGUGCUCACGGAGACCACGGGGACCACGGGGACCACGGAGCCAGCGAGAACAGCGAGGUGUCGGUGUGGAUGCUUAUCUCCGAGACGGACAACUACGGCUGCGUGGCCAAGUUCACCUGCCUGCUGGAGGCCAAGAACCAGAACAAGACCAUGACGGCACAGGAGGCCGUCGUGCACGAGUACAUCACGAAACGUCCCAAGGACGACGAGGUAGUCGAGAUGAGCAUCCUCAAGGCGCCCUACUACUUUGCCGCAUUCGUCGGCGACCGCUUCGGCUCCGACAUGUGCAGCAAGUUCUUCCCCGACUGCACACACCAGUUCGGAGAGAUGCUCAGCUUCGUCAACAAGUUUGACAUCACGCCUGCCGGCAGUAGCGCGUAGGAGGGAGAGAUGAGAGACAGACAUAGUUCACAGACGAGCUCUGUUCAGUGCGUGGCGACGAAGUCAGUGGUGGGCCGACAGAAACAAAUCAGUGUUUCAUUGUUACCUUAUCGAGUGAUGGCUUAUGGAAAAAGGAGACUGCAUUUUGUUUUAGGAAGGUCAUUAAAAUGCAUAAAUAUCCUUCAAAGAAAUGUUGCAAAGAAAUAUUUGUCAGUUGAAUACAUUUCAGACAGGUGCGAACUAUCAAGAAAGACCAAUAAUAGAUCGAUUUAGUAUUUGCGACGAUGUGUUGUAAACCAUAUGAAAAGUAUCGAUCGUCUUGCCCACGCUUUGUCAUUUGACAAAUAUCGUACCAGUGAAUGCUGCUCGGGUAAACUAUGGAAACACUGCACCGUCGUGUCAGAAGCCGGCAGUGCCUUGAUUGGACGGAUGCAGAUACCAAUUAUCAGCUCAUAGCAGACGCCAAUGUUUAUUGUAAGUGUUCCAUAUUGAUGUGGUGUGUCAUUCGCUCAUAAAUAUAUCUGCUCUAUGCAAUA